AUGGCUGCCCUGGGGGACGAGGUGCUGGACGGUUACAUGUACCCGGCGUGCGCCCCCUACUCGUGCUCGUACCCCUUCCUGCCCGCCGCCAAGGGGAAGGGCGUGGCGGGCGGAGGCGGCUGGCGGCCCCGGGGCGGGGGCUACUCUCCCGCGUCCUCCGCGGCGGCGGCCGCGUCCUUCCCGGGUUGCGGGCAGCUGACGGCCGCCGACUACUUCGACAGCUACCAGCGGGCGCAGCUCAUGGCCCUCCUGUCGCAGGUGAGCCCCGGGCUCGCCCCGCGCCCGCGCCGGGCCGGCAGCCGCGACGUGGCGGUGCAGGUGAACCCGCGGCGCGACGUGGCGGUGCAGUGCGCGCUGGGGCGGCGCACGCUGCAGCGCAGGGCCCGCGACCCCGGCCCCGCCGCCAGCCCGGGUGCCCAGGGCGCGGCGGGCGCGGGCGGCGGCGGCUCGGCCUCCCCAGCGCCGCCCCGCCGGGGCCCCGAGCCCGGCAGCCCUGCGAGCGGCGCCCCGCGGCCGGUGCGCUUCCAGCGCACAGUCGCUGUGUACUCGCCCGUGGCCUCCCGCCGCCUCACCACCUUCCUGGGGGGGCCCGAGCCCGGGGCGCCGGGGGGAGAGCGGGGGCCACCGCCUUCGAGGCCCCGAAGCCCCGAGGAGGGAGAGCAGUCGGCGAGGAAGGCGCCCCAGCCGCGGCCACCCGACGAGGAGGCGCAGGCCCAGGCCGCGGAGCAGGCGAGCUCGGUGGACGGGCCGGGGGUGCCGCCGCGGGAGCCCCGAGAAGGCGAGGUGGGUUCGCCGCGCGCGUCGAGGAGCCCGGAGCAGCCCCCGCCGGUGGGGCGCACCCAGGACGGCGCGGGCUGGGUGUCGUCGCCGCGGAGCCAGGAGCUGGGCACGGAGCGCCUGCGCUUCCAGUUCUUAGAGCAGAAGUAUGGCUAUUAUCACUGCAAGGACUGCAACAUCCGUUGGGAAAGUGCCUACGUGUGGUGUGUGCAGGGCACCAAUAAGGUUUACUUCAAGCAGUUUUGCAGAACUUGUCAGAAGUCUUAUAACCCUUACCGGGUGGAGGAUAUCACUUGUCAAAGUUGUAAACAGACUAGAUGCUCCUGCCCUGUAAAACUUCGCCACGUUGACCCUAAAAGGCCCCAUCGUCAAGACUUGUGUGGGAGAUGCAAAGGCAAACGCCUGUCCUGUGACAGCACUUUCAGCUUCAAAUAUAUAAUUUAAAUGAAUGUAAAAUAUGGUCCUGCUGGACAUGUGCUAGUGGAGCAGACAAGUGAGCUUUUUUUCAUGGCCCUUUCUGCCUCUCCCUUCUGAAAAUACUUCCUGGAAGGCUGUAUUUUUGUUUGACAAAGCCUUUAAAUAAAGUAUU